AAUAUCCGAAAGAAGUUUAUGGCGGCCUCAAUUUUGCCCUUUCCUCUCUCCCCGAAUCUCAAAUCUCGCCGGGACUUGAUUGCUCCACCAAAAAAAAACCUAAUCUAAAGAGACUCCGCCGCUAUCACUUUGUUUCUGUCAAUCUCACUACCAUCAUCACAACCACAUUAUCUCCGUCCCAUUCUCUCGGAACUGAAGGAACAAAAUUAGGUUUUUCUUGGAGGUCUAUGUGAAAUUGGUUGCUUUACACCGGGAAGAAGACGAGCUUUUGGCUAUACCUUGUUUUUUGAGCUUGUGUUUCUGCUGAAAACAACUCAAUCCAGCAAGAUGAGUUGUUCAAUUGAGUCCCUAGAAAAAAUAAUUUCAGAUAAGUUACCCUUAAUUUUUGGUAUUACAUAUUCAUUUUUUUUAGAACUUAAUUAUUUUUAUGUUCAGAUCUUUUGGAACUCAUGUUGUGAUUGUUUUGUUUUUGUCAUUUAGGUUGAAAGAAGCUUGUUUCUGUCGGUAGUGUUAGUGGUGGUAAGCUUUGUCGGUGGUCACUUCUGUUCAUCCGAUGAUUGUGAAGGGACUCAGGGAGCAAACUAGGAAGAGUCACGCCAGAGAGUGUAGCUUUGGUACUCUGUUACUUGACAUUCUUAGUGGAAAGCAUAUUUCUCCCAGCCAUCCGCUUUCAGAUCCUGAUGAACAUGGUGCCGAUCCAAAGACUAAAAAGAUUAAGAAGAAGAAAGCUUCUGAUAUGAACAACAGGGAAUUAAAGCUCCAGAGAACCAGCAAGGAAACCAAGACUGCAUCCUAGUUAUUCAGAGAGAUAGUUGCAUGGCCCGUAGACUCUGUAUGUCUUAACUUGUGAAUCUCCAGUUGAAACUUUGUUUUCUUUAAGGUUACUGCCCAACUUUUGAAACAAACGAGUUGUUUAUUAUAUAUGAUUAAUAAAAAGUAUUUUGGAUCAAUUUUUUA